UUGAAUCAGCCAUGAUCACAACUCAUAAGCUCAUCAUCUUCCUCACCACUUGGUUUCUCUCACUCCAUUUCUUCCAUUCUGCUGAGGCAAAGAAAUGCAGUCCUUCAGCCUGCGGUGCUAUUCGCAAUAUCAGCAACCCUUUCCGCCUCAAUAGCGACCCCAUCCACUGCGGCUCUCCCAACUUUGAACUAACCUGCGAAAACAAUGUCACCUUCAUCUAUCUAGACUCUAUCAAAUACUAUGUCAAAGCAAUCAACUACUAUUCCUCCACCAUCAGGCUGGUUGAUGCUUCCAUAAACAACGAUGACAUCUGCUCUUUCCCUAUUCACUCCUCAUAUCCCUAUCCAUACUACACAGGUGUAGAAUGGUUUGUUAACUUCAUUAGCUGCCCCGGUCCGAUGAAAAAUUCAUCCAAUAUCUUUAUAAAUAUUACUCAAGAUUGUGCCUCUAAUUUAUCUCAUCCCAUAUUUAGUUAUGUAUUUGUUGGGAGCAUGAAGACCUCAAAGUUACCACAUAUGUGUACAUUAGAUCUAAUAGUCCAGACAUCAGGGUCGAGAUUCGUGGAUCAGAAUGUUUCACUAUUAGAAAUCCACCAAUCUCUCUUGGAUGGCUUAGAAAUCAACUUCUGUUAUAAUUGCAAUGGAAAAUCUACAAUAUGGGGGUUUGUCGUGUGUUGUGCCGCAAUUAUAGUCUGUUUAACCGCAGCAUUAAACCCCCUUGUCAUCAUAACUAUCGGAACUGGAGUUGGAUUAGCACUCUUCUUUAUUCUCAUCCACAGCAUGUAUAUGGUGGGUGAAAUCCGGUACCUCAUGUUCCCUUCUCUCAUCACUGGAAUCAUUAUCUGGGUACCUAGGAUAAUCAUUUGUCCAUUGAUAUUCUGGUUUUUGAUCUACAAAUUCCGAAGAAGGCGCUUGUCCUCAUUCGAGGGAGUAGAGUCAUUCCUACAAAGUGACAACAAGCUCGCUCCUAUAAGCAGUCAAAUUGCUCGGAAAAUCUGGAGCAAACGGGCAAGACUUCAUUAAUGAAAUAGCAACUAUUGGAAGGAUCCAUCAUGUAAACAUUGUCAAGCUUGUUAGCAACUAUUGGAAGGAUCCAUCAUGUAAACAUUGUCAAGCUUGUUGGCUAUUGUGCUGAAAGAUCCAAACGUGCUCUCAUUUUUGAUUUCAUGACAAAUGGUUCGCUUGAUAAUUACGUCUUCAAUCGAGAAAAAGCCUCUUCAUUGGAUUGGGAUAUGAAAUUUAAGAUUGCAGUUGAAGUGGCUCGAGGAAUCAGGUAUUUGCACGAUGGUUGUGACAUCCGGAUCUUGCAUUUUGAUAUUAAACCUCACAACAUACUGCUUGAUGAUAAGUUUGUCGCAAAAAUAUCUGAUUUUGGGUUGGCGAAAUAAUGCUCCUCAAACAAGGAGACAGUAACACUGACGGCAGCCAGAGGAACCAUUGGGUAUGUUGCUCCUGAACUUAUCAACAGAAGUAUUGGAGUAGUGUCUUACAAGGCUGAUGUGUAUAGUUUCGGGAUGUUGUUGAUAGAAAUAUUAAACUUGAACAAAGACUUGAAUAGGAACAAUGAUGAAUCUAGUAAGUAUUUCCCGAACUGGAUAUACGACCACUUGAACCAAGGUAUGAACAUUGACAUUGGAAAUGUUGAUGAAAAUGACGAUAGAAUCAUUGGUCGGAAGAUGACUAUUGUUGCAUUAUGGUGCAUACAAAUGAGUCCAGAAAAUCGCCCAUCAAUGAGUAAGGUAUUGGAGAUGUUAGAAGGAGAUGUUGAACAUCUGCAAAUCCCUAACUACCCUGCGUAUAUGGCAGGAAAUGAGGAAGAAAACUGGGCUACGGAUUCAAAUGCCUCCACAUCAUUGUUGCAUGUUAACAAUGAGAGUAGCAUUAUUGAGAUUAUUAGUAAUGCUUGAAUUUUUGUUAUCAUUCAUUUUUAAUUAGAAACAAGAUCCACUUUGUUGUGUACUUAUGAUUUGCUCAUAAUCAGACUAGUAUGAAUGAAUUACUACUAGUUAGUUAUUUAUU